CAGGCCACGGCUCAGAGGGGGGGGGGGUGUUCCACACCAAAGACGUGCAUCCCCUACCCUAACCCUUUGCGCUUCUCAAGAGUUGCAGUUCCCCUCCAUUUUACACUAAAAUUCAAAAGCGGCACAGCGGAAUCUUCUGGAAAGGGGCUAAGAUGGAACUCAGGAGGCGGGGGUCGGUGUGGAAAGAGCAGAUGGAUUAUUUUUUCCUCUCCCGGCGAAUGAGGAGCGCCCCCGGCCACCCCUCCUCAUGGACACCCCCAAGCGCGCAUGCGCACUUGGGUGGCGGGCGGAUACUUAAGGCGCGGCCACGGCGGCUGCGGCAGUGCGCCCAACAGCGGACUCCGAGACCGGCGGACCUCGGCGAACCGCGCUCGCUCUCAACCACUCACCCACCACUCUUGGAACCAUGGCGGCAGUGGCGGCAGCUUCAGCUGAGCUGCUCAUCAUCGGCUGGUACAUUUUCCGCGUGCUACUGCAGGUGUUCCUGGAAUGCUGCAUUUACUGGGUAGGAUUCGCUUUUCGGAAUCCUCCAGGGACACAGCCCAUUGCGAGAAGUGAGGUGUUCAGGUACUCCCUGCAGAAGCUGGCGUACACGGUGUCGAGGACCGGGCGGCAGGUGUUGGGAGAGCGCCGGCAGCGAGCCCCCAACUGAGGCCCCAACCCCCAGCCCUGGGCGGCCGCGUCACCAGGUGCUCCUGUGCUUCUCGGCCAGCAUGGGAGCCAGUGCCGCGCAGGAAUGGGGGGUCCCCUGUGCUCUCUCGCCAGAGGAGCAUUUGCCAAGGUCAGUGAGGGGCCGGUAGGCCCCCGGAGAAGCAGCACCGACAAUGACGACAAUACCAGAUCCCUUCCAAACCCCUUUGCGCCCCUCUGACCACUGGGUGGGGUAGAGGGAGGAGGGGGGUGGGGGGAGCAGACCCCCGAGAUCUGGGCACAGGCAAUGCAUUCUGAUCUGGACCAAGUCGGGACAGCGCCAACCCAGCCCCGCAGCCAUGGCCAUGCCAGCAGGCCCCACCACAGAGAUCCAGACAACCAUACCAGCCAGCAGAAUGGACAUUCCAUCAUCACCAGCGGAAGCCCUGAAUCUCGAUGCAGCAGACAAGGCGCCAACUGCGUGCCUGUGUGGCGGGACUGGAGGGCAAGAGUGAGGGAAGAGGGUUAAGAAAUAGAGUGGGGCCCUCUCACUGUCCCUUGCCUACAACACGUGCAUUCCAGCCUUGCUGCCUUUGCUCCCUCGAUUCCCCUUCCCCCCCCCCUCACUGCCUUCUAAGCCCACCCCAAAGAAAUGUCACUCAAUUUGGACUUAUUCAACCAGUAAAUGAAUCCCAUCUUUACUAAAACACCUUCUCCGAGCCCCUAGCCCCUCACUGAUCUUGCUUUCCCUGGUCUCACGCAGUUGUGGUCAAUAUUGUGGUAAUCGCUAAUUGUACUGAUUGUAUAAGUGUGCAUUAGUUGUGUCUCCCCAGCUAGAUUGUAAGCUCCUGGAGGACAGGGACCACCUCUACAAAAAAUAAAAAACCAGUACCUCCCCCAUCUCGCACAGUGUCCUAGGACCCUGCGGGGUGGUGAAGGUGCACCAAA